AUGGAAACAGCGUUUGGAAUCAAGGUGAGCCUCUGGCGAACUGCAGAGAUGGGUGGCAGUAGCAGAGCUCCUUACAGGAUUCCAACCGGUACGGUCCAGCGUGCAGCUUCGAGGGCAGCAGCUUACGCAACUGUCCGCGCUUGGUGUCGUUUUCACCCAAGUAUAAGGCGAAUCCGUGAAUGUGGACCAUCGCAGUGGCAACCUCCACCGAACGAGGCGAUUACCGUUGUUCGACCGCACAGAUCAGAGAGUUGUUCUGUCCGGAAAGGUUUUGUGAUCUGCAUCGUUUCGGCUCUUUAUCAACACCAACGCAUCAUGCAUUUGGACUGA